CCUGUGAAGGCGCGCGAUCGUCUCGGGGGGGGGGGGGGGGUCUUCUUCCGCGCUCCAUCUCCCAGCGGGUGGUUUGGCGUGGCGGGCUCCGGGCAAGGCGUUGAGAAGUAAAUCGGUCGGCGAGAGGAGACGGCGUGACAUUCGAGUGGAGCGAGCAGCAGGGCGGAGGCCAGGGGAGGGCCCGGCAGAACGCGGCCUUCCCGGCCUUCCCAGAGGCGGCGGCGACUGCACCGGCGGCGGCAGCUGAACCUGGGGCGAGCGCCCAAGGAGGAGGAAGGAGCAGGGCCAUCUACAGGCGGUCCGGGCUGCGGCGAUACCACACGAAGAUCUCCCGUGCUGUUUGCGUCCAAAAAGCCACCUCUGUACCAAACGUCAGCUUUCUACCUCGUCGGGAAGGUGAGACACGGAUCCCCGCUCGCCAGCCAACCGCGGAGAGCGAGGCCACACCCACGCCGCUCGGAGCCGGCCCGGGUCUGGGCGAGGAUGAAGCUCCCGGCCCUCGUCCUGGUGCUGGGCGUGAUGCUCGCCAUCACUGCUGACUGCAAGGAAGGAAGGAAGAACCGCCGCAAGUCCGCUCCGCUCAUAGACUGCGACGUGCGUGCGGCCAAGGUGAAGGGGAACGAGUUCGUGGUGCGCUGCCCGCCCGGCUGCCGUGAGAAGAAGGCCAACGUGUGGGGCAGCGCCGUGUACGCCUCCAUCUCCAGCAUCUGCGCCGCCGCAAUCCACAGUGGGGCCGUGGAGAACCAGGGCGGCGCGGUGCGGGUUCGCAAGAUGGCAGGGCAGGCGAACUACCGUGCCUCGGUGGCCAACGGGGUUCGCUCGCUCUCCUUGCCCAAGUGGAGUGGCUCCUUCACGCUCUCUGCGUCGGACGCCAAGCUGAAGAAGGGUGAGCGGGCCAAGCUGGAAUUCUUCCCGGCUGCGGAGUCGUCCGUGAAGAUCGGGAAACCACAAGCGCCGCAAGGGCCCGUGACGACCAAGCCCCCGGCCGCGACCCCGGCAGCACAGCCAGCACGCGGCUCCGUGGGUCGGGUCUCCGUCCCGGAGCGCCGCGUGGUGACCCCUGACCGCAGGCCGCCGGUAGGAGGACCCUCCUCAUCCUCAUCUUCCUCCUCGCUCUACCAGCUGCAGCACUCCCACAACGACCGCAACACGGGCUGGGCGGAAGGCGGGUCACGUGACAACGUCAUCGUGCCCUGGGCGCCGGCUGCAGGGCGCGACACCUCCUCCAGCCUCCUCUACGGAUACAGCGCCAGUGAAGGUGAUCGAUUGAGCCAGUCCACGGGGCCCAGCACAGGUGCGGGCGGGAGGGCGAGCCAUCAGCAGCAGCAGAGUGCAGCAGCCUCCAAUUGGCAGGAUGCAUGCGUUGAAGAAUUUUACAAAUAUUUAGAAACCUGUGGCUCCGCGUUUCCCGAGCGUUUUCUCUCCGGAUACGACGUAGCCAGCGGUCGGCUGUAUGCGCGUCCGGGUACUUAUUCACCCAGUGGAGAGACGAACGGCAAGAAAGCAGACGCAGAUUACAGGCAGGGCAUGCGUGCCGGACAGCCACAAGACAAGAAGCAGGGGCUCAGCCGCGGAGAGGCCGAAUCGAGACACGAGGCCCGGGGACCCGUGGUGGCCGGGAGCCCCGGACGUGCUCAGACGGACACGGGCGUUUGGCCUCCGCCAAGGAUUCCGCCUGCGGUGUCUGGCAUACCCGGACAGAGCCGAACCGCCGUCCCCGCCGGCGGACACCGGGUGGCCCCGGCUCCCGACAUGAACCACGCCGUGAGCGGAGGCAACCCGGAGUGCAAGGUGGACGUCGUGUUCCUCCUCGACGGUAGCUGGAGCAUCGGCAAACGCCGCUUUGCCAUCCAGAAGAACUUCCUGGUAAAAGUGACGGAGGCACUGGGCGUGGGCCCAGAGGGAGCCGCCAUCGGCAUCAUGCAGUACGGGGACGAAUCUAAGACGGAGUUCUCGCUCAAGAGCUACAACUCGGCCAAGGAGACGUCGGCCGCCAUCCUCAACAUCCCGCAGCGCGGUGGCCUCUCCAACGUGGGCCGCGGGCUUCGCGAGGUCUUUGACACGGUCUUCUUGGAUGAAAACGGCAACCGCGGGCGCGCGCCCAACGUGGUGGUGGUGCUGCUGGACGGGUGGCCCACGGACAAGCUGGGCGACGCGGCGCGCCUCUCGCGAGAGUCCGGCAUCAACAUCUUCAUGGUGACCGUGGAGGAGGCGAGCAGCGAGGAGAAGCGCCUCCUGCCCGAGCCCGACUACGUCAACCAGACCGUUUGUCGGACGAGCGGCUUCUUCUCAUUCUCGGUGCCGAGCUGGUUCGCGGUGCACGACUUUGUAAACCCGCUGGUGGAGCGCGUGUGCGACACGGACCAGCUGCUGUGCAGUAAGACGUGCCUCAACUCGGCCGACAUCGCCUUCGUGGUAGACGGCUCCAGCUCCGUGGGCUACAACAACUUCCGCACGGUGCUCGAGUUCGUGGCCAACAUCUCGCAGGCCUUCGACAUCUCUGACACGGCGACGCGCAUCGGCCUGGUGCAGUACACCUACGAGCAGCGUACCGAGUUCGCCUUCGCCGACCACUCCACCAAGGCCGACGUAGUGGCGGCCGUGCGGCGCGUUAACUACUGGAACGGCGGCACCAGCACCGGUGCCGCCAUCAGCUACACCAUCGCCAACCUCUUUUCCACCUCGAAGCCCAACAAGCGCAAGAUCCUCAUCAUCAUCACGGAUGGGCGCUCGUACGAUGAUGUCAGGGGCCCCUCCAGCACCGCGCACAGUCAAGGUAUCAUCGGCUACUCGAUUGGGAUCGCGUGGGCGGCUCGCGAGGAGCUGCAGUUCAUGGCUUCCGAACCGCACGUCGAGCACAUGUUCUUCGUGGACGACUUCGAGGCUGUGUACAAGGUGGUGCCGCAGAUCAUUAGCAACAUCUGCAAGGAGUUCAACCAGCAGCCGCGCAACUGAGGCGGGGGCCUAUCGCUACCCAACUCACCGACCACACUCCGGCUCCUCGCCUACCUACCCACCCAGCCACCCUGCGCUCACCUAUGCGCACCUACCAGUUCGAAAUACUCCCUUGCGACCUUCUCUCCUGCGUCUCCAUCAUGUGUCCCUUAUGUCUCCACCUCGUCAUCUCCUCCCAACCACUUGUUUGGGAAUUAAGCCCCAUACGUGCAGCCACAUUGUCGAGAUAGUUAAUAAUAAUAAUAAUAAAUCUUGCGCAGGAAAGCCUCACCGAGUCUCAGGACUCGUUUCAUCAUAAUGUUGCUACUGUUUUGAAAGUUGGACCAAUUGCUUAACAAAAUUUGAUCCACAAAUUGAAAAUAGUAUUUUUUUAACGUUAUUAAUGGUUGUGCAAGCGAUGCGUGACAUUCGGAAGCCACAGUUACACGAGGCUCGUGUUUAAGGUGAGUUAUGGAUUGGGCCUGUGGCACGCCGCGGGUGGCAGUGACGCCCGUGUCUGGCAGGGCACGCCAGCGUCGCAGCCUGGCCUAUCUCUAUGGGCGAUCAUUGUCGAGAGACUCCUGGGUGAGCGCCAUCACCCACGUGGACACGAGUGUCCCGAAGUUCAACGUAACGCGAGGCGCUUAAUACCUCAUACAAUUUACCGGGCAUUUGGCUUCGAUUGGAAUGGUAAAGAUCCGCAGUAGCCAGCGUCGUGCUGUGACCACUUUGGUGAUGGCAUCACUGAGCCUAUCCGAGAGAAAGCGUAACUGUAUACAAUAGCAUAUUUGAGCAAUAGUAAUUUCUUUAAAAAAUGUUUUUUUUUUAUACGUAAUAAUCGAGACAGUUGUUUUUAUACAACACUUUCUGUACCUCCACAUUUAGCUCCGGCUUCUCGUUGAAUAAUCACCAACAGGACUUGUGUUUGUGGUGUCACCUGGCGAGUUGAUUUUGUUUGGUACCCUGGAAAAGCUUGAUAAUCGACAAAAUCGAAUUUACCAGAAAGUAGGCUUUUGUAGAGAGCAGGAGGACGUCGUGGAUGAAACAAAUGGAUUCUUAAGUUCAUUGAACUUUCCACCUGUGCGGAGAUGAUACAAUAAAAUAACAAUCAGGUUGACUGUGAGGUAUAUGAAGCUAGCAUACAUUUCCUUAAAAAAUAUGGGUUAUCAAGUUUUUUUUUCUUCCAGCGCAAGCCCUCCUUUGUAUUGGGCCAGAGCGUGGAUUGUUAAGCAUCUCUAGGAUGAGCCCCCAAAACUCGUGGCCAUGACUGUCAACAAGUCAGCCCGAAGUGGCUAGAAGUGGGACAUUGGCAGGACCACUGCCUGUGCACGCAGGGUCUUAAGCAGUCUACUGUGAGGAUGUCAGAUGUCCUCAUUUUAUAUGUCUGUAGCAUUUGGUACGAAGCAGAGCUGAAUGCCUUAUGCCUGCUAGCAUACCUAAUUAUUCCUUCAUUCGUCCAGGUAAGAUUAAACCAAAUACUUGGUAACAACUUUUCAAAGCUCACAUUUGUGCAAAUUGUUGACCCACGUUUUUUUUCGUCCAUAAAGAGUGCUAUAUAUACACGUGGCUUUCUUUACCGCUUUAAGUUUGUUUUGCUGUAUUUUAUUGUACCCCGUUAUAGAUGUUGUCGAAUGCUAGUUUUCUAAAGUAGCCUCCUCGUCUUCUAGGAAGUUUGAACAAAAACACAAAAUGAAGUGGUCAGAGGUUCAGGAUUUGCCCAACUUGCCAUGCCUCCUUCAGCCUUUGAAUAACUCCAGAGAAUAAUAUAAAGCAAUGCAAUUCGCCACGUUCCCAUGUUACACCGGACUGGGUUAGAUGUGUUACACGCAAGCAUGGACUUGAGUGACCUUGAGCUGUAAACGCAAAGCUAUAUCAUGGACCUGCUUCGAUGCCUUUGGCUUAUACCGUCACGUACAUACUCCCAAACCUCAGUGCAGGGCUCAUAGCAGACAACUUGCUGUGGCUGCUGGGCAAUUGGACCACGACAGGCAAUGUGUCUGUCUGAAAGACGAGGUGUCUGUCUGGACUCUAAGCUCAUAAUAUCCAGCAGCGGCCCCUCCUCCCUGUAGAGCCGAGGGAUGCCCGAUGGCGAUCGUGGCAUGAUGGAUCGUCUAAACCGUGCGUGCAAGUUGCACGGCAGCUGCAAGAUUCCCAUUGUUCGUUUAUCCCGAGCGAUUUUUAGUAAAACAAAAAUGUGCAGUCGAGUCUGGUACUCGCCGCCUUAUCAGCCGAGCCAUGCUUAGCAACACAAAGGCAGAAGUUUAGAGUGUCUUAGUCACUGCAGGUUCAUGUAGGUACACGGAUCACACAUUCAAUGGGACAUUGCUGUGAUGGACCAAGCGUGGAAGAGGCUGUCAUAGGGAAUUGGCAUGUAUGCCUCACCACUCAUCCCCAUGCAGACCCGGCCAUUCAAUCAUAAAACCAUGCACACCCCAGCCAUUUAAUAAUACACCGAUCCACACUCAACCAUCCCAUACUCAAUAACGCUCAGCCAUAUAAACUCGGCCAUCCGCAUUUUAGCCACGGAAACAUUCACACUCGACUAUGGGUCCACCCUCGUGGAACCACUUCCAACGGAGAGUCACCCAACCAUCCACGCUCAACCACUCAGUCGUCACAUCCACCACCUUGGUUUGCAGUUGGUACGUAGAAGCAAGUGGAACUCUGGAAGUCUGACGGACACGUGUGCUUUCUCGCAUUGGAUUAUUUACCAGUUAAGAUGGAGAUGUACCCGGCUGUGGGGAGCUUUCGGGCCUGCUAAGUUAUUACAGAUAUUUGCUACAUUUUACUCGUCUGCAGCUAUAGUAUUUUUUGUUGAUUUUUUUUAAAUUUGCAAUCACACUUUCAAGUUGCCUUUUGCAGCAUGGCUGAUUGCCUGUCUUUCAUUAUAAUAAAGUUACUUUAAUAUAUACGGCA